AUCCUAUGUUCUACCAAGUCCAUAAUUUCUGUGUCCAAUUAUGUUAGUCUCAAUCACCAGGUUGCCAGUUUGACAUCGUACUCUUCCAUUAUUCAAGUGCGACAGAUGUCCAAAUUCCUUUGACGGUCAGAAAAUGCCCCAGCUAUACGUCCACUAGCUGCAGGCCAAUUGUUACAGAGGACCAUAUUGCUCUGUUCAUCCACCCCCAACAGGAGGACGAAGAAGGAAGCCUCAAUGGGCAUGCCACACAUUCCAAUUCUUACCCUCCUAUUCCUCCUCACUCCACUCUGCAGAUCCGAUGACCGGCUCACGCAUGCAAAACCACUCUCCGCCGGUGACACGCUCAUCUCCGAGGGCGGGGUCUUCGCCCUCGGCUUCUUCUCCCCAACCAGCUCCAACACCACCAUGUACCUUUGCAUGUGGUACCACAACAUCUCCGAACGCACCGUCGUGUGGACUGCCAACCGCAACAACCCUCUCAUCGCCACUUCUUCCCCGAUUCUCACCUUCACCAACAGUUCUGACCUGCUAUUGUCUGACUCCCAAGGCCGCACUCCUUGGGCGGUGAAGAGCAACAUCACGGGCAUGGGAGUUGCUGCGGUGCUGCUAGACACGGGUAACUUUGUCCUCCAGUUUCCAAAUAGCACAGUCAUAUGGCAGAGUUUUGAUCACCCCACGGACACCGUGCUUCCAAAUAUGAAGGUCUUGUUGAGCGUUGGGAGGCUCCUUGCUUGGAAGGGCCUAGACGACCCAUCCAGUGGAGACUUCUCUUUGGGUUUUAAUGCCAGCUCGAAUCUUCAAUUGGUCAUUUGGAAUGGGACUCGACCCUACUCUCGUGUCCUUCUGAUGAAUGGUGGCUCGGUGUUCGGCGACACAUUCCAGAACAUCACCUUCUUUGAAUCCAUCGGAGACACCGGCAAUGGGUCCUUUUAUACAUACCAUCUAUCCGACGGCUCACCUUAUGCACGUGUUACCCUUGAUUACAUGGGUGUCUUGAGCACUCUCAUAUGGAACCGCUCCUCAUGGACAACCAUCUCUAAGCGCCCUGCUAGCAGCUGCGACCUCUAUGCCUCGUGUGGCCCAUUUGGCUAUUGCAAUCAUGUUGGGGAUGUCCCAACAUGCCAAUGCCUCGAAGGAUUUGAGCCUGUUGGUCCUGGUAUGAACUCUUCAGCAGGAUGUAGGAGAACAGAGGCGCUGACAUGCACCAAGAAAAGUCGUUUCGUAAACAUAACUCAGAUGAACAUCCCCAACAAAUUUGAAAGUCUUCCAAACAAAAGCAUCGACGAGUGCGCUAGCAAGUGCAGCAGCAACUGCUUGUGCACAGCUUACGCUUAUGCCAAGUCAAGCAGUAACGAUGCUCUGGUGGACCGGUCAAGCUGCUUGGUUUGGGCAGGGGAGCUUAUCAACACGGGAAAGAACAGUUACUAUGGCGAGAUCCUCCACCUCCGGCUUGCCGACUUUCCUGUUAAAGAGAAUACAAGAUUGAUCAAGAUUGUACUCCCAGUUAUAGCAUGUGUGCUGAUACUCACAUGCAUAGCAAUUGUCACGAUAUGCAAAUACAAAGCAAGCAAACGGCAGAAAAAGGAAAUCCACAAGAGACUGAUAUUAGGAUACCUUAACUCUUCCAAUGAAAUUGAAGGCGAGAAUGUGGAAUUUCCAUUUGUUAGCUUCGAAGAUAUUAUCACUGCCACAGAUAAUUUCUCUGACUCAAAACACAUUGGAAGGGGAGGUUUUGGAAAAGUUUACAGGGGAAUGCUGGAAGGUGUUAAGGAAGUUGCUAUCAAAAGGCUUAGUAAGGAUUCAGGGCAAGGGGUAGAGGAGUUUAAAAAUGAAAUAGUUCUAAUUUCUAAAUUGCAGCACAAAAACCUAGUUAGACUUCUUGGUUGUUGCAUUCAUGGAGAUGAAAGGUUACUUAUCUAUGAAUACUUACCCAACAAAAGCUUGGAUACCUUCCUCUUUGAUCCUACAAGACAAUGUGUGCUUGAUUGGCCCACACGCUUCAAAAUAAUUAAAGGGGUAGCGAGGGGGCUUCUUUACCUCCACCAAGAUUCAAGAUUAACAAUAAUUCAUAGGGAUCUCAAAGCAAGCAACAUUUUACUGGAUUCAGAAAUGACUCCUAAAAUAUCUGAUUUUGGUAUGGCAAGGAUCUUUGGUGGAAACCAACAGGAAGGAAACACUACUCGGGUUGUUGGGACAUAG